AUGCUGCGAUCGUUCGAGUGCCACUUGAGCUUUUCAUUCUCCGCUAAAACGACGAAUGAAUGGGCAAAAAAUUUAUUUUCACGUGUAAAACUUCAUUUCGAGAUCCCUUCUGAAAACUUAAAUUCUUUAGAACUUCCAUCGUAUUUAACUAAAAGUUGUAAGUUGUCGUUAGGUCAUUGA